AUGUCAGCGCUGCACAGCAGUAUUUACUCCCUAACAUGGGGCGAUUACGGCACCUCGCUCGUCUCCGCCGUACAAUUGCUACGAGUGCACGGUGACCUCGUCGACGUUACAUUAGCAGCUGGAGGACGCAGUUUUCCAGCACACAAAAUUGUGUUGUGCGCCGCUUCACCAUUUUUAUUGGAUUUGCUGAAGAAUACGCCAUGCAAGCAUCCAGUUGUCAUGUUGGCUGGCGUGAAUGCCAACGAUUUGGAGGCAUUGUUGGAGUUUGUUUAUCGCGGCGAAGUGAGUGUUGAUCAUUCGCAGUUGCCGUCGUUGUUGCAAGCAGCGCAUUGCUUGAACAUUCAAGGUUUGGCUCCGCAGGCACCGCAAAAAGAUGACAAUACGUACACGACAACGUCGAUUCAGUUGCAUCCGAUUGUUCAACCGCAUCAGAUGAAGACUGUUGUUGACAUUGGAGGACAACAUUAUACUACUGACGACCAAUUAAUCACCGUUCAAGCCGCCCCAACCCAAACGAUCCAAGCUGAAGUAAUUGAAGACAUUGCCCAUCUCCCGGAAGUCGCUACCAAGGAUGAAAUCAGUCAAUAUUUACCGCAACGCAAACGCAAACCACGCGCCAAAAAACAAGAACCUGUCGCAAAAUUGGCUAAACUCGAUGACGGCACUGUAACAAUGACAACUGGCAACACCGUAACGGUCCAAACAACCUCGGCAUCUGCUUCGGAAAACGGAAUUCCCAUCACGACAAUCAAGACGGAAAAAGUUGAUGCAUCAGCAACGCCCACGACAACUCCCGGCGGCACGCAACAACCUUCAGGCACUCCCGGAAAAUUGGAAACUUCGACAACGAGCACAACGAGCGGAACUCCAAGCGGCAAAACCAAGUCAAAAAGUCAAUCGGAACAACCAGCAACGUGUCCCAUUUGUUCGGCAAUUAUUCGGCAAUCGCGUAAUUUGAGACGUCAUUUGGAAUUGCGACACUUUAAGAAGCAAGGCACGAAGAAGAGCAAGAAGGCACAAGCAGCUGCAGCCGCCGCCGCAGCAGCAGCAGCACAAAUUAAGCAGGAGGUAAUGGAAACUGGCGAAGCAUCGACAUCGGGACAAGGACAAACUAUCGUUACGGUAACGGGAAAUCAACUUGCUGAUGGAACUGUUGUCACGAGCCAACCGCAACAAGUUGUGAUGAGCGAAAAUGCCGAUGGAACAACUUCUCUCUCGAUUGCGCACGUACAAACACUUUCAGGACAAACUCUUUCGCUGGCUAACUUGAAUCAGGCAACAUUAAUCCGCACGGAAGAUGGACUCGAAUCUGGCAUGAUCACAACUCACGAUGGAAGCAACCAACGCCAAACGGAACUCUUGCGCUACGGCAACACCAUUUACACGAUAGAAGAAAGGCAACCAGACUCAUAGAACAUGGUUUUCCUUAGAUUGAAUCAAUAAAGCGAUUCAAUCUGCGGAAAAGGAAAACCAAUUGUCAAAAUUUUCGAAACUAAACACAAAUUUACAUGAAAAAACGUUUUCAUGAUCAUGACUCUGAACAAUAUAUUCAUAAAAUAUAAUAUAUUAAAUGAACGAAAUGAAAGAGAAAAAAAUAGUUUUAGGUUAAAAAAAAGAAAAUUUAUAUAAAAAUAGAGAAAAAUUAUUAAUUUAAAAAAAUUAUUGAACAAAAAUCGUGCUUUAUUUUUCUUUAACAUCCAUUUUAUUUUUUGUUAUGA